GAAAGUCCAUGCUGAGACAUACUACUUUCAAUUCUGAUGACGCAAGGGCAGCCUGAGGUCAGGAUUAACCCUCUUGGCCCAACAUGGAGUUAACUCUUAACAUAUGGCCCGCAUGUCUUUUGUAUUAUUAACAGUUUUGAGUUUAUAUUAUUACAGCAUCACAGCGGCAUUGUAAGACAAAAUAAUCCCACAAGUGUGUUCAGUGCGGCAUGGUCGCAGUGGCAGCGGCCACAGUGCAGAUGUGAUCCAGUAACAGCCUGCGACCUUUUAAUAAACCCAUAUUUACCUCGCAGAACACACAUGACUAAAUUUAAGUCAAACUUCUGUGGACCCAGUCAAGUCAUUUUGGUCACACCAUAAUAUUUUCUGCAGAUGUUCAGCGAGCCGCCCUCAGUGGUUACUUUUCCAGUCGACCAAGUGGAAAAUUCAUCAGAAUCCAUGUUACCUGAUAGGCUUUUCUUUCUUUCUUUCUUUUCUUUUUUUUUUAAAAUGCGGUGUAAUUUGGAACUUUUUCGGGAAAUUAAAUUACAUUAGGAGAGACGCUCGUUCAUCAGCAUUUCUGCCGCCGCAUGAAAAUAAAACAUAAAAAAACAAAAAACAACAACAACAAAAAAAACCUUGUGGCUUUAUUGUGAAGUGGUGCGGAGGUAUGGUGAAGUCAAACUGUUCGCGGUGACACGAGGAUCGAGACCAAGUUUUCUGGCGGGCAUCACCAGCACAGAUGCGCAUCCGCUGUGGGCACGACGCCUCAAGCAACAGGCGGUUGAGAGGAAGGCAGCUGAGAGGGGGGAGAGAGAGCCUCUGCUGCAGUCUGCUGUUAAAAAUAUCUCCCAUCCCGCUCCGCCGGACUCACACUGUGUCUAUAACUUAUUGUGGUGUCACACUUGUACGUCUCGCCGGCCAGGCGUCGUGGAUGCCUUUACGCGCUGCAGCAGUCGCGUAAAUCGCUUGAGAGUGGAGUAGGCUGAUGCGAGAGGAAAGAGGGCGGUCAAAGUGUGACGGUAAACAGCGUGCCUUGCUCUGCCAGCGGUUUCACUCUCAGCUCAGCGCCUGUUAGACUGCGUCUCGCACGUGUAAUGUAUUGUUCGUCCGGGGCGCAGCUGCCGGCACAGGACACGCAUGCUUGAAAAGACCUCCGCGCACUUGAUGCGCGCUUUGGUGAUGCCAUGCCCCGGAACCACAGCGGAGACGAAGGCGGCACCGGGCUCUGGAUGAGGACGUCGCCGGGGCACCGCAACGAAGGCUACGGCUUAAAAGAUGUGGAGUCAGGACGACGGAUGAUGAACAACGCGGGAGACGGUUUGCUGUCAGCCUCCGCCGCAGCAGGUGCUGCCGGGUCGGAGAGCCUGAGGGGGAAGCAGGGAGCCCGGCUCAGCCUGCUGGGGAAGCCGCUCAUAUACAGCGCGCAGAGCGGCCGAAGAAACGUGCGCUAUCGGCGCCUCCAGAACUACCUGUACAACGUGCUGGAGAGACCGCGGACAUGGGCGUUCAUCUACCAUGCGUUUGUGUUCAUCUUGGUCUUCAGCUGCCUGGUCCUCUCUGUGUUCUCAACCAUUCCAGCUCAUCAGGACUUCUCCUCCUACUGUCUCCUCAUCUUGGAGUUUGUGAUGAUCGUGGUGUUUGGGUUGGAGUACAUCAUCCGGAUCUGGUCGGCAGGAUGCUGCUGUCGCUACAGAGGAUGGCAGGGACGACUGCGCUUUGCCAGGAAGCCUUUCUGCGUCAUAGACAUCAUCGUGCUGAUAGCGUCAGUGGCGGUGGUGUCGGCGGGAAGCCAGGGCAACAUCUUCGCCACCUCUGUCCUGCGGAGCCUUCGUUUCCUGCAGAUCCUACGCAUGGUGCGGAUGGACCGAAGAGGAGGUACCUGGAAGCUUCUGGGCUCUGUAGUCUACGCACACAGCAAGGAGCUGGUCACUGCCUGGUACAUCGGCUUCUUGGUGCUCAUCUUCUCUUCAUUCCUCGUCUAUCUUGUGGAGAACAAGUUCAACAAGGAGUUUGCCACCUACGCUGACGCCUUGUGGUGGGGCACGAUCACCCUGACAACUAUUGGCUAUGGGGACAAAACACCAAAGACGUGGACAGGACGGAUGCUGUCUGCAGGGUUUGCCCUCCUGGGCAUCUCCUUCUUUGCCUUGCCUGCUGGUAUUCUGGGCUCAGGCUUUGCCCUGAAGGUCCAGGAGCAGCACAGACAGAAGCACUUUGAGAAAAGGAGGAACCCAGCCGCCUACCUCAUCCAGUGUGUUUGGCGUAGUUAUGCGGCUGAUGAGAACUCGGUUUCCAUUGCUACCUGGAAACCUCACUUGAAGGCGCUGCACACCUGCAGCCCCACAAAGAAGGAGCAGGGAGAGUCGACCACAAGUCAGAAGUUAAGCUUCAAGGAGCGGGUGAGACUGGCAAGCCCACGAGGUCAAAGCAUCAAGAAUAGACAGACGUCAUCAGUGAAUGACCAGAGGUCUCCGGUGACUGAGUGUGGAGCAGAGGGCACCAGCCCUGCCAAGGUGCAAAAGAGCUGGAGCUUCAACGACCGUACGCGCUUCAGACCCUCCCUCCGCCUCAAGAGCCAGUCACGCUCCACCACUGACGCAGACUCCAAUGUGACCGGGGAGGACGGCUGCGAUGAGAAGGGCUGUCACUGCGAUAUCUCAGUGGAGGACUUGCUGCCCUCCGUCAAGUCUGUCAUUAGAGCCGUCAGGAUAAUGAAGUUCCACGUAGCCAAGAAGAAGUUCAAGGAGACGCUGCGUCCUUAUGACGUGAAGGAUGUGAUCGAGCAGUACUCCGCCGGGCACCUGGACAUGCUGUGCCGCAUCAAGAGCUUGCAGACCAGGCUGGACAUGAUAAUAGGCCCACAGUCCCUGAGCAGUCGAACCAAGACCUUUUCCACCCCCUCCCUGCCUGUCUAUUACAGCCAGGGCAGAAAGAACUCCACCCAGGGAGUGGACCAAAUCCUCGGGAAAGGCCAGAUUCCUCUGGAUAAGAAAAUCCGAGAGAAGCUGCUAUCUGAUGGAGAUAUUUUAGAAGACAUGAGCAUGCUGGGUCGCGUCUGUAAGGUGGAGCGGCAGGUCCAGUCGAUUGAAUCCAAGCUCGACUCCCUGCUCGAUAUUUAUCAUCAGGUUUUGCGCAAAGGCUCGUCUUCAGCCCUCACUCUGUCCUCGCUGCCUCUGUUUGAGCUGGAACAGACUUCUGACUACCACUCCUCUGUCUUCAGCAAGGACCUGUCCUGCUCCACCCAGGUCAGCAGCAGCAGUGGAGUACCUCCCCCCGGUGGCUGUGUCACACGCUCCUCCACCAACUCCCAUCUCUCCCAAGGAGGGCUCCAUCUCAUCCUGGCGCCGCCCAACGAGCUCAAUCUUAAUCUUAAUGCCUCCUCUUCCACGCCCCCCUCUGGCCUCGCAUCCUCCUCUUUCAGCCCGUCGCCACUGCCGCAUCACCAUCAUCAUCGCCACCACCACCACCCUCAUCAUCCCCACCAUCAUUAUGCCCAGGCUCAGGCCACCUCACCUGAAAGUGGCACCGAUGAGGCUGUGGGGAUCUCUCCACCCAUUCUGACCCCAAAUAGUAUUAGCAGUGGCGGGGGCAGAGACGGAGGGUUUCCUCUUCUGGGGAGGCUCCCACCUCCACCCCCUACCAGCCGAAGUGGGGGCCCAAGCAACUUGCCACAAGCGACCUCCACAGAGGCAUCCCCUGACGUGGGGGACUUUUGCGGAGGUUUCAGGAGGCAGAUGGCGGACAGCAGUGUGAUGGAGGACCUUGGUCUUGGGUUCGGGCUGGGCAGACUCGGGCAUCAGCUACAGAGCAGCACCGACAACAAUGGCAGGAUAAACGCUCAGGAGGGGGGCUCCUGGAGGAGACAUAUGAGCCUGGAGCUGCAGCCCGUGGUGCCUCCAGCCUUAGGCUGCUGCUCUGAACCCAGCCAGAUGGACCAAGGCUUAGGCAAGUCCAUGUCAGUGCAGGACCUGAUGCAGGCAGACCCUGUCCAGGACGCCCACCACAGCCACAGCCUCUCAUCUCCAAGCCCCAGUACAAGCAGUGACUCCCAUAGCUGUAGUCAGGACCCUGGAGGAGGAGGUGGUGGUGGUUUAGGCAGGAGCAUUGGAGGCGGAUGGGGUGAGGAUGACCUCUUUAUCAGCGACAGGGAGAUAGAGACGCAAGGAUUUGACUUCCUGUCACUGGGGACUGCUGAGGCCAACACCUACUCCCCAGAGCUCCUGAGGACAGGGAGUAGAGCAGGGACAGGGUCCCAGGCCUCAAACUGUAGUCCGGCCAGCGGUCACGCAUCCCCGCCCUCCGGUGGCAGCGAAUUGCUGAACAUGCCGCACGUGCGGCUAAAAUAAACCUGCCAACAUGUUCAGAAGGCACGCAAAUCUCACCUCGAAUACACAGUUUUUAUCCUUUUUGGAUGGGAGUGGGAGGGUGGGAGUACAACAAGGGGUACUUUUUUUGUUUAUUUUCAUGUUGAUCCAUUUGAUAAGAAUCACAGUAUUUUUAUACAGGCUAAUCACAUAGGGCAUAUCGUUGCAUGAGUAACUCUUUGAUUGACAGAUCUGAGAUGAAAGAUGAAGGCUUGCAUAAGGGAAACACAGAUCCCUGAACCUGAGACGUUUGGUCAAAAUUUUGGUCCUGAAAGAAGGCUGGUUCAUAUGUGACUUUGAGACAGAGCAUGAGCACUGCAUGUUUUCAGUCAAAGGUACUGAGAUUAGCAAGACACAGUUUACACCUGUCAAAAUGAAGAGUUAUGGACACGUAACAUUUAUGGUGAAAAAAAUAGGGCUUAAUACUAAGAUGUGCCCAGAUACACAAGAUCUAUAGCCCGUCCCUCCAAUCACAUGACAGGCUGCCAUGUUGAAGUGAAUGUUACCUCACUAUUGCUCAGCUCUUUAUUCUCUCUUCUUGUCACCAUUUCAAUGUUAUUUCCAUACCAUUCUAUCUAUUAUAACCUUAAAUUAUAUGACCUAAUAUAUGACCUAUCCUCAACCGAUGAUUUUGGUUGCCUACAAUCAUUUCAAAAACACCACAUUUGGUAACCAUUUCCGUAUGCGGUCAGUUUGAUAUUCUCAGUCCACAGUUUCAGGCAUCUGCACUCAUUUCCAUACAGUAAAGUAGUCAGUAGGCUACUGAAUUGGCUUGAGUUAUGUAAUCAUCAAGAGUGGACAUUAGCAUCAAUGUUACAUGAUCAUUGUCCGGUUUUGCAGUUUGAGUGCAGGUUGUUUUAAUAAGUCUGAAUUGCAUUACCUCAAAACAAUGAAGUCACUGUUGCAGAAUUUACUCAAAUUACUUGAAACAAGCAAGUUUGAAAAGUCGACUAACUGAUUUGCAUAUGAUACUGCCAACAACAUCAGACAAAACGUCUGAUUUUUUUAGGAAACAACACAACUGCAGGCCUGGUUCCCUUUAGGUUAACUCAGAAUAUUUUUUUUUUAAUUUUUGAGCUACUGACAGCCAUUACUAUAAACUAUUAGUGGUUACAGGUACAGCAGGAAAAGAGAAAUGUCAGUGUUGUUGUUACUAAUCACUUAUCAGUCCAAUUUCUACCAGUCACAACAGUCAGCUGUAGUAUGAGGUUGACUGCACCAUUUUCAAAGUACAUACAGUACAUGCAUGUAUACACUUAAAUAUGCACAAGUACAGCUAAGAAUGCCCAUUUAUACAUACAGCCAGCUGUUUUACCACAUGUCCUUUACACUGUGGAGGAGCUGUGGAACAGUCCAGAGGACAGGAACAAGGAGCAGUUGUUUGCUUACUAUCAGAUCAAUUAUGCACCAGUCAGUUGGCUCUCCAACUGAUGACAGCCAUAGAUUGAAACACAUCUUGAAUGUCAUUUCUUCAUUUAAAAAAGCAAAUGUUUUGUGAGAGUAUGUGUGUAUUAGCGAAGAUAUCUAACUAUGAAUUGCAUUCGGCUUUUUGCCACUCUGUUUCUACAUGAAAGGAAAAUACCUUAUUUAGAUCAUGGUAGAUGUUUGCUUUUUUCAUACAGUAUAAUGUGGGGUUAUUUUUGCUUCCUUGAAGUGGACUCACUGCAGAAUGUACUCUUGUUGCAUGGUACAGAAUCAGGUGCAUCGGGUAUGGUUAAGUGGCUCCCCAAGUUGUUGAGAAAUCAUUGUAGCGCCACAAGCUGCAGGUAAACUCUUUCCAUAAAGCACCCAAAGCACCCAGUGGUGAAUAAUCACCUUAGCAGUUCAGUACCUCAGUGAAUUCUUAAGACCCAUAUCAAAGACAUCAGUCUAUAUGAGGGAGGACUGGGGUCUUUCGAGAAGUGGAUUUUAAGUUCCUUCAUAUUUUUAAAUAUAUUUUUACAUGAAGAGUUUAUCAUAUCCAAAACUACAACUGAGAAUGAAUGCCAUAUCAUGAAGGCAAAUCACUUUUUAUGGAUCAAAAUCAUCGGGAGUAAACAGACCUCAGCUCAGAUAUGAAGUCUACGAAAUGUACAGUGCAUACAGUAUAUUGGUGCCUUGGUUUCUGUGGUACAUAAUCAUCUCCAUAUAAACAAUUUUCUGAACAGUGCAUUAGGUUCCUCCAAACAGAACUGUAUUCAUUUCUCUCCUUGUAAAUGUUUUGACUUGAGGCAUUUUACCUUUUUUUUCAGAGAUCAUUUUGCUACUGGGCAUAAAACAGCCUUCAACAUGUUAACGUUCUGUCUCAUUUAUUUUAAUUUAUUUAAAUUAUGUGCACAUAUUUACACACUAGUAAUAUUCUCAGUUAGAUUUAUGAAGCCUGUAAUGUAAUGAAAAUGCAAGUGAACUUUUGUUCUGAUUCAUCAAUAAAGGAAAUUAAAUGAAAA